CAACAAAUUCAUGGUGCAGCAACUCGCCCGUUGUCUUGUGGAGGAAAGGAGCCCAGUCGACCAAUGGACCGAGCAUCUGGGUCGAGUGACAUGGACAUGGUGAGUGCAUCAACCACAAGUUGCGGGAUGAAUUCCCUCGGGACUGGAUGACAGUUGAGACUCAAUAACAUGUGGCUGCGUACGAUCCUCUUUUUAACUGUCCCUCCAAUUCUCGGACGUACGAGAGGCGAUCUCUUUCCAGGGUACCUUCAUCCUCCUGCUCAAAAUGGAAUGGGUCCCGUUCGUUCUGCAUCGGUUGGCGGGCCAUCUGGCCGAACACUGCUCCGUAGGACGACACAGGUUGGGAAGCCUGUAUUGCUUUACGACAACGGAUGCAGCAAGAACAAGCCCCGGAAAUUAGAACCUCGAGGAAAGGACCGUACUGGGUGCACUCCAGGUUGGCUGGAGGUGCUUACCGAUUAAAUAAGGUAAAAGUUGGGCGGCUCUGGCUAUAUCGAAGUGGAAGGGUCAUCAAUUAUGAAAGGCUGGCUGAGUAUGUGGAAAGAGG